CACGCCCCCAUUACUACGCCUUCAUGACGUUACCAUGGUCACCAUGACGUCACCUUGCUUUGUAGUCCGAAUCGGACAUAGCAAAUGUGUGGGGUUUUGCAAUUUAUUGGGUCCGCCUUGGACUACUUGCUUCGAUUAGCCUAUACGGGGAAACAUGUCGGGAAUACUAAUUCAUCUGACAUUACAGGCGCGGAUAGGCAUACAAGGAGACAGCGCUGCGUAACCCCUCCUCGAAAUUUGAAGUGCCCCGGUAAAAAAAGAAAUGUUUAGCAGAAUUACGAGUGCGUUAAAAGGUGUUUACGGCGCAUUAACAUUAUUUUAUAGUUCCGGUACUUUUGUUGAACUAAUUUGUUCAGAAAGAAAAAACAUACAUGAAGAAGUUUCAUUUGUUCUUCCUGCUUCUAACAACCACGUUGUUUUUGUCGUGCAUGUUUGGUUAUGGGCUAUUUAGACAGCAUACCGUGGUCAGUGAUCAUUGGGAACCGUUUUCCAGGAAAAUGAAUGAACGUGACCUGUCGGUGACAGAGAUGAUAUUACAACGAUUUGCAGCAACGAUGGAAGCUGCCCGCGUGACGUAUUUCCUGUACGCGGGCAGUCUGCUGGGUUCGUACCGUCAUCACGGAAUUGUUCCCUGGGACGACGACGUGGAUGUUCUUGUUCCAUUCGGGCAGCAGAAGGCGCUCCACUUAGCGUUGUCUGGCCAAGAACCCUUCUUUUUUCUGGAUACGUCAAUGAGGAUUCGCUGGAAAUUUUACUCUUCUCAUUGCGAAUCAAUAAAAACCAAAAGCUGGAAAUGGCCAUUUUUAGACAUCAGUUUCUACAAGGAAAAUGACACUCAUAUUUGGGAUUCUGAUCCAGAUUCCACAAAAUCGACACUCUAUAACAAGUCGAUUGUGUUUCCACUACGAAAAGGUAUCUUCAUGAAUUUGAGUUUACCCGUCCCUAGAGAUCCGUAUGCGGUUCUUUCGGUCGACAUGGAUGUGAAAAUGUGUGAAAGUAACAGUUAUGACCACAGGCGAGAGGAGUCUAUUCCUGACAUCUACAGAAAAUCUGUUCCAUGCAGUGAAUUACAAAACAUUUUUCAGUUUGUAAAACACGAAACGAACGAAACGUUGUAGGUUAUUUAAUAAUCUGUACAGGGCUCGAAAUAGCGGCUAUCGAAAAGCAA